AUGCAGGCAAUUACCACAUUAAAUCUCGACUGGAAUAAAAUCGGAGCUGAUGGAGCACAGCAUCUAGCAGAUGCAUUACGAACUAAUAAGACACUUACCACAUUAAAUCUCGAUUGGAAUGAAAUCGGAGCUGAUGAAGCUCAGUAUAUAGCAGAUAUACUACGACAUAAUACGAAACUAACCGUGUUAAACCUGGACUGGAAUCGUAUCAGAGAUAUUGGAGCACAACAUCUAGCAGUUGGACUACGAACGAAUACGACGCUUAUCGAAUUAAAUCUCUGUGUCAAUCAAAUUGGAGAUGCUGGGGCACAGGAUAUAGCAGAUGGAUUACGAGCUAAUAAAGUACUUAUCACAUUAAAUCUCUGUGACAAUCAAAUUGGAGAUGUUGGAGCUAAGCAUAUAGCCAAUGCAUUACGAACUAAUAAGACACUUACCACAUUAAAUCUUAGACGGAAUCAAAUCGGAGAUCUUGGAGCACAUCGUCUAGCAGGUGUAUUACGAAAUAAUACAGUAACUAUAAUUCUAUUCUUUAUCUAUUUCAUAUAUCUAUUUGCAUUUUUUCCUGCAGGUACUUACGAAGUUGAGUCUACCGUGCAAUGA